AUGAGAGGUGGUGGCCAUAUGCCUAUCUCGGAUGCGGCAAACAUCAAUUCCACCGGCGUGCUUCUAACAAGCACGAAUCUAAAUACCCUGAAGCUGAGCGAUGACAAAGAGACUAUGAGCGUUGGCCCUGGUCCACGAUGGGGCGAUGUUUUCCAGUAUCUUGAGGGGACCAACUUGACUGUCAUUGGGGGCAGACUGGCCCCGGUGGGUGUUCCAGGCCUGUUGCUCGGUGGCGGAGGCAAGAUCAAAGCCUAUGAGGCUGUUCUCGCAGACGGAACCAUAGCGACUGUCACCGCAACCUCCAAAUAUAGGGACCUUUACUGGGCACUUCAAGGUGGAGGCAAUUCUUUCGCUCUUAUCACGCGUUUCGAUCUUCAGACCUUCUUUGCCGAAACACCGCUUUUGGCAGAUGCCGACUAUGGCUCAUCGAACACCACACGUGAUGCGUGGCUCGCCAACCUAUUGGAUUUCACCCUCAAUGUCGACAAGGAUGGCGACACAGGAGCUGCCGUGAUUCCAGUGGCCAGAUGGGGACCAAACUUUACGGCACCUUUGUACCAAACUACCCUGUUCUACAACGGAACCACCCCUCCGUCUUCAGGUCCGUUCAACGAAUUCGUCAAUGGCACCAAGCUCCGAGCUAUUAACGGUACAUCGACCCUUCAGCGAGUCUCUUUGGCUCAGUAUGGAGCCGCAGUAGGGCCUGCUUUCAAACCAGGCGGUCAAUCACAUGGGCUGAAUCAGAAGUUCCGUGUCGUCUCUAUCAAAGCGAGCCUAGAGGCCAUAACGAUCGUACACGACACAUACUUUUCCUCUCUUCAGGCUUCUGGCAUGGCGGACCGUCUGGCAGGGUUUUUCUCUGGACUGGCAUACAAUUGCAUCACGGGAUCCUGGGCCGCCGCCUCACAGGGUGCUCCCCAGAACAUGCCUCAAAGACCGCAAUUCUGGGUCGAGCAAUCUUUGACAUGGGAAUCCGCUGAUGACAGUGAGGAGGUUGAAGCGUGGGUCGCUUCCGUAAAUGCCGAGAUACACGAGAAGCUUGUAGCUGCCAACGCAACUGAGAGAUAUACGUACCUGAAUGAUGCCGGACAAAGGUCAAGAUGUCUUCCGAACCUAUGGAGAAGAGAAUUUGGGCAAACUCAAGGACAUACGAACCAAGUAUGA